AUGCUCCAGGACGUCUUGCAAGAAGUUGUCCCCGAUCGCGAGGGGCUGCUGAGCUGCGAGGACUUGGCGCGCCGCCUCCGCCGCCCGGAUCCAGCUCCGGAGCCGCAAAAGUCCAAGCGCUACGACCUGACUCAGAAGCAGGGGCUCGCGGACUUCCUGAAACAUGCGGACAUCCGCUUGGUGCGAGCCGACUUCAUUCUGAAGCUGCACCGGGAAGGACAGCGUNNCGGCCGCACGGCACUGGUGACACACGAGGAG